GACGUAUCUGGUCAGAAACUAGACGUAUGCUGUACAUGAAGCAAUGUCAUACAGAUAAAUCUGUCGAAAGAGGUAGUUGAAACAUAAAUAAUGCAUUACAAUUAUAAUUUUACUGGAUUUUAAUGGAUUCUUAUUCGGUUGUUCGUACUCAAACAAUGUUACACAACAAGGAUUUAGGGAUGUCUAAAUUCCUGCAGGUCCAAAAAUGCAUUGAAAUUUCCCGCCUAGGUUUAUUGAAUUUUAUUGGCUGGUUUUCCUGUUCAUCCGCUUUGUAACCUUGAAGUAUACCGAGGAAAACACACUAUACAGGGAGAAAAACGUGUUGAUAAGUAUCUUGCUCGGUUAAUUCCUAGGCAAGUAUCUUGACAGUUGUUGAUAUGUAAAGAAAGAAGUAUGCAUGUAAUUGCCACAGGCAUCGUUAUCUCAAGUUUCGUGUUUUCCGUGUUUGUGGUUUCCAGUCUCAUGAGUGGUAAGUCUGUGGAACCUGACGGUAUUCAUAUACCUGUGGUAUACACUUAGCGAAUUGUAAUGAGUGAUGGUGCGGCAAAUUUGCUUUUGAUUGAUAAAAUAAUAGUUGAUGUACAUAAUGAUGAAGGAAGUUAAUGUUUCAGAUAAGGCGACGGAGCUACACAGACAAGAACCUAAUGUUUCUAAUAACGAAUGGAAGAUUCGGACAGAAAACAAUAAUGUAAACUUUUUUAAGAAGGAAGUUGAAGAAGAAUGGCAGUCCCCAUGGUAUUUCAUUCAAGGGGCUGAUCCACAAUACGGUUUAAUUGAGAGAUAUAUUAAUAAAAACCCAAUACCUAAUUGGGAUAAGGAAAUUGAACUGACUGAAAAAGUGGUAGAGAAAAUAAACUCAUUGAACCCCAAACCAAGGUUCUUCGUAAUAUGUGGAGAUUUGUGUGAUGCUGUUCCAAAUCCCAGCAUUCCUGUUUUGGUGACAUGCGGUAAUCAUGAUGUUGGUGACCAACCUUUACCUGAAGGUCUUGAAAUAUACAAAGCUUCAUGGGGUGAUGAUUAUUAUUCUUUUUGGUGUGGUGGUGUUUUAUUUUUAACCAUCAAUAGCCAGUACUUGGCCAACUCAAAAUAUGUUGGUGAAUUUGCAAGUAAACAUGAGGAAUGGCUUUAUGAACAACUAAAAUUGGCGAAAUUGAAAUCAGGAAGUCGUGUGGUUUUACUACAACAUAUUCCUUGGUUUUUGAAAUCUACUGAUGAAGAAGUAGAAAAAAGUUACUUUACCCUUAGUAAAGAAGUUCAAAGAGCAAUGUUGGACAAAUUAGUAGAUGCUGGUGUUGAGAAGGCAUUUUGUGGGCAUUAUCAUCGCAAUGCUGGUGGUACUUACAAAACUAUGGAAGUGGUUGUUUCAUCAGCAAUUGGAGGUCAAUUGGGGCCUGAUAAAUCAGGCAUCAGAGUAGUGAAAGUUUACAAGGACAAGAUAGAGCAUGAAUAUUAUGCAAUUGAUGAUAUUCCUUCUUCUGUAAAACUCUGAAUUACAGUAAAGAAACUCCCUUUCAAGAUAUAUUAAUUUAAGAUGAAGUUUCCUUGUAGUCUUACGUGCCUUAAAGAACUCGUAUACAAAAUUGGUCAUUUUAAAGGAAUGUAAGUAAAUGCAUGCAGAAACCUUUUGUGUAAAGUGUGAAACCUUUUGUGUAAAGUUUUGAUUUCCUAAAAUUGGAAUUACUUAGUAAAUGACUUGAAUUUUUUGAUGUGUGUUUACACUUGAUCUUAUUUUAUAAAUUGUUAGGUUUUAAAUUGCAGUUUGUAUGAAACUAUAAUUAUUGGCUAUGAAGAAAUACCAUUAUUACUGUGUUUGUAUUAUUUUUUGUGCCAAUUUUAUUUUUAUAAAAUUAUUCUUUAUUAAAUAAAAGUAAUUACUAAAAAAA